GCCCCUUCCGCGCCUGCUCAGUGGCGGCGUUGCUCACCUAGCCCGGAGCUGUCACCGCCGCCGGGUGGCCCCUCCCGCCCGCCGCGAUGGAGCGGGACCGCGAGCCGCCGCCGGCCUCGCCCUCGCCCAGAUCCAGAUUUGUGUAUGGAGUUAUUGAAGAUGUGAGAUCCAUUAGAAAAACUUUUUGCAUUCAAGAAAGCAUCAUUUAAAUUUAUCUGUUUUAGAAUUAUCAAGUGUGGCACUUGAUAACUCAUCUUCAAGAUUUCUUCACUGACAUCUGAAGAACAAAGUGCUUUUCCAACCUGUACUUCUGUAGCACUAUGACUAACUGUAAAGACAGAUCUAUCAUCACCAAAACAAACAGCAAAGUUCAUGACAGAGAAGGUUUUGUAAACUGGACCAUAAGUCUUAGCACAAUUCAGUCCGAUAAAUUUUUGAAUCUGCUUUUGAGUAUGGUUCCAGUUGUUUACCAAAUAAACCAGGAUGAAAGACACAAAAAAGUGAAUGGUGUUUGGCAAGAUGGAUUACAACCAGCAGGACAUAAUUAUAAUGUUAAAUCUGAGCAGCACACGGAAUAUCAUCACUUCUCGGAACAAACUUUUCAUGGUAGUAAUGGACACAGCCCUUCUAACUGUAGCCCUAAGUAUGAUGACUUUUCCAGUUAUAAUUACUGUGAUGGAAUGGACACUUCAGAAACAGAUGCAAUGUUGCAGGAAGACCAUCUGUCUAGUGACAGUAAUGAAGAUAUUAUUGUGGAGGGGAGUAGAAAGCAACCCAAGGAAUCUAGUAGUAUUAUGGCACUGCAGAUACUCGUACCUUUUUUGCUAGCAGGAUUUGGAACUGUUUCAGCUGGCAUGGUUUUGGAUAUUGUACAGCACUGGGAUGUAUUCAAGAAUGUUACUGAAGUUUUUAUCCUGGUUCCUGCUCUUCUUGGUCUCAAAGGAAAUUUGGAAAUGACCUUGGCAUCCAGGCUGUCAACUGCAGUAAAUAUUGGAAAAAUGGAUUCUCCCAUUGAGAAAUGGAACUUGAUAAUUGGCAAUUUGGCCUUAAAACAGGUUCAGGCAACAGUAGUUGGUUUUCUGGCAGCAGUGGCAGCAGUUAUAUUGGGUUGGAUUCCAGAAGGCAAAUACAGCUUCAGUCAUUCAAUCCUUCUGUGUUCUAGCAGUGUAGCAACUGCAUUCAUAGCUUCUCUUUUACAAGGAAUAAUAAUGGUUGGAGUUAUUGUUGGAUCAAAGAAGACAGGAAUUAAUCCUGACAAUGUUGCCACUCCCAUAGCAGCAAGCUUUGGAGAUCUUAUCACUCUUGCUAUUCUAGCGUGGAUAAGUCAGGGUCUUUAUGCUUGCCUUGAAACAUAUUACUAUAUAUCUCCUUUGGUUGGUGCCUUUUUUUUGGCUCUGACUCCUAUGGGGAUUGUCAUAGCUGCCAAACACCCAGCUACUAGAACUGUUCUCCAUUCAGGAUGGGAGCCUGUUAUAACUGCCAUGAUUAUAAGCAGUAUUGGUGGCCUUAUUCUGGACACAACUGUAUCUGAUCCAAACUUGGUUGGAAUUGUUGUUUAUACCCCGGUAAUCAAUGGUAUUGGUGGUAAUCUAGUAGCUAUUCAAGCUAGCAGAAUUUCUACCUACCUCCAUUUGCAUAGCAUUCCUGGAGAGCUGCCAGAAGAAGCCAAGGGUUGCUAUUAUCCAUGCAGAACCUAUUACGGUACAGGAGUAAAUAACAAAUCAGCCCAAGUCCUGCUUCUUCUGGUGAUUCCUGGUCAUCUAAUUUUCUUGUACACUAUUCAUUUAAUGAAAAGUGGCCACACUUCCUUAACUCCAAUCUUCAUAGCAGUAUAUUUGUUUGCAGCUCUGCUACAGGUGUUUACUCUGUUAUGGAUUGCUGACUGGAUGGUGCACCACUUCUGGAAAAAGGGAAAGGAUCCUGACAGUUUUUCUAUCCCUUAUCUUACUGCACUGGGAGAUCUGCUUGGAACUGCCUUAUUAGCUGUAGGUUUUCAUUUUCUAUGGCUCAUAGGUGACAGAGAUGGCGAUGUUGGAGAUUAAUUAUUUCAAUGGAUGCAAUGACUUUUCCUGAAGUACUGAGAUGAGCAAUCAUUCCACUUGAUGGUCCUCAAAAUGGUUGUUCCAUUUGGUCUAAGUAAAUCAAGUUGACACAGAUACAAAACAGCCUUAAUCAUUUUGGUUUGGAUUGGUAAAAAAGGAUGGAUCUAGGAGGAGACUUGAGGCCUUUAGACUGGAAAACAAGGUGGAUGGCUGCUAGUUGAAAACAUCUGAGCAGAAACAGUGAAGGACACAUCAACCCUUUAUCAAGUUCUACAUUUUUAAAAGAGCUGGUCUUUUAAAAGAACUGUUUCUUAUCUGUUAGUGCAAACCAAAACAAUCUCUUAAUUUCUUAUUCAGUGGUGACAAAGAGGGUAAAAAACAAUCAGUGACUUACCUUGUUUUUCUUCCCUAAUAUUAAGUGGGUAUGUGUUCUCAUCUUCCCACAGAAGUGGAUAGGAUACCACAGAUGAGUUCUCUUUCAUAGACCUGAUUAGCUGGUACGUUCUUAUCUUGCAAUUUCAGUGCUGUAACUCUGACCACUGCAGACUUGGUAUCAAUAAUAACUGCUAGAGUGAUUUGUACCCUGAUUGUUAAAAUGUUUUGUCACAAGCUUCAUGUAUGCUAAUAGAAAUAUCAUCAUUUAUAAAAUCAGGCACUUGAAAAGUGUCUGCAGGACUGAGUCCUUUUUCUUUCUGCUAAAAAAAGCAACCUAAUUAUUUUACUGAUGUAAUUUAUUAGAAGAGUGUAGUGAAGAGAGAGAAAGUGAGACUGACCUGAUCAAUAAUAAGGGAUAAGUUAUUAAAACUCCUUGUGCUGGAAAGUGUCUUUUCAUUUAGCAACUGGAAGAAACGUUGGACUAACUCAUAUUAACAGUGUUGUGAUGGCCAGUGUCCUGACUUGAAGGAAGUAUUUGGAGGUGUUGAUUCAAACACAAAUGCUUAUCCCAGACUAAAACUUGGGGGAUAGAAGAUUAUGUUGCUAUUUUAGGCACAUAGGAAGUUACAUAAACUUUUGAAAUUCCAGAGCUGUCUACAUCAUCCACUUCCAAGCAGAAACCUCCGUUCUUGCUAACAGGAUUUCUGCUUUCAAGCUCUAGAAAUAAUAUUGUUCAUUAGGAAUGACUGCUUCUGAAUGAUUUAUCUUAUUUCUAUACCACGGUAUUUCAGAUGAUGCAUUGAUCGUGAAGACUCUGGUUACCACUUAGAAAAAAGUACACUGAUUGCUCUGGUUUAUAAUCUACUGGAAAUUCCUCAUGGCAUGUGUUUUUUAAAGACUGCAGCAUACAUCAUAAAUGCAUAAUUACAUAACUCAGAUUUCAAAUGUUAUUAUCAAAAGUUUUUAAUUUUGAGAAUUAAAUUAGACAACUAAAUCCACCUAUCAGUGUAAGCUGUAAAUCUGUAAACAUUAGUCCUGGAAUUUAUGGAUAUGAAUUGUCCCUUUUAAUUCGAUGGACCUACUCAAAUGAAUUAAGUUAAUUAAAUGCAUAAGUGGUAAUGGGGCUUCUACAGAUGUUGGUCGCCUUAAACUCUGUGGAAAUUGGAAGUGUAAUUCUGCAAAUUAAACCAGCUAUUCAGUGCCUAGACAUGGAUUUAGAUGCCUGACUUAGCACUCUCAUUUUAAAGUUUUUAUUUGAGCUUUUUCUUAGAGCUAAAUGACAUAGUUGUUUGAAUGAAUCAUAUGUAUUAUGUCUUUUAUUAUGUGAAAGAUGAAAUCUUUCUAACUUCAAGUUCUCUGACUUCUCUUAGUUUCUAUUAAUGUUAUUUAAACUAGUUGUAUGUAGCAUUGCAGGAAAUACUCCUAUUAAAUUGUUUAAAAUGGACUAAAUGUUAAUUUUAUUUUUUUAAACUUAUCUGUUUAUUUUCAUUCAUGGCUGUUUGCUUUUGGUACAGACUUAGAUGCAAGAUUUUUUAUUCUGCUAGAACUGCCGUCUGUAUUAACUAAAUAAGUAUUUCAAAUGCUUUUCUCAUUUGAGUUAUUGGAUUUUAAAGCCCUUUUAAAACAGAUUGCAAGAUUCUUGACAAUUAGAAUUUCUUGAGGUACUUGUGAUCUGUACUUACAUGAUGCAUGAGGGCAUCGUGCUGUUUGGCCAGGGCAGGAUCCUUACUGUGUUCAAUAUUUUCACAGUAAAUAAGCAACAACUGGUGUUACGGCCUGCUGGCAGGUGGGUGAGUGAUCAGACUGCAGAAUUGGGAAAGAAAUGUCAAAUGGGACAAAUUCAGUGAAAUUUGAAAAGCAGAAAUACACAUCUUGAAUAAUCUGUGGCAUGGAAAGGUUUUGAUUCCUGUGUGGAAGAGGCAUCUAAAAUUAAACAUGCAGGUUUGCUAGCUCUUCUGCACAAACAUUAUGAAGGAAAGAAACCCUAAUGACCAAGUCUUGGAGGGUGUGUUACCCCAUUGCACAAUGAUAACCUGGGAGAAGGCACAAAAAAGUUGUUGUAUCCAAGAGAAUCUGUCAUCUGCUCAAAAACCCUUAGAUUAAUUUUAACUCUGGUCAAGUCUACUUUGCUACAGUAGACCACUAAUUUGAUUUUUAUGCUUACCCUAAUAUGAGUCCAUUUCUUUUCUGCACAUGUGUAAGAAAUGUUAAUAACAUUAUAUUAAAGACAGAAUAACAAGUCCCUUACGUACCAUUUAGAGCAUUCAAUUGAAAGAUAUAUCCUGAGAUGCUAUUCUGUCUCUUCUUAUCAAAACAGCUAUAUUUUAUAGUCUUGCUGAUAAAAUGAUCACUCUUUGUACUAAAAUGAAUAUUUUCCUCCCGUCUACCUGAAGAAUAUUCUUUCAUAUCUCCCUUAGUGUUUUUUUCUAGCCUAUUUAGGGCUAUGAGUGAUUUACAUCCAUUUGAUUUUUAUUUCAGCAAGUAGCAUUUUCUUUAUUUUGCUCUUAUUCAUAUUUCCUUAUUCACCUAAUUUAAGCUGCAAUUCCUCUAAAAGCUCCUCCUGCAACUUCUUGUACCAUUCCUACUCUUCUGAUGAGAUAGACCAGCCAGAAACUCCAGUUGCUUUGCCUUUAUGAGCUACUAUCUGUUACCUGAUGCUAAGUAACAGCUGGAGUGCUCCUAUGGAGUGGCCAUUCCCACUGUCUACUCUUAUUUGCUUCAGAACUGUCCAUAUGGUAAACAGAAGUAAGGGCAAGUUCUCUGAAAUGGGCACUGUUUGGCAUUUUGAAGAAUUUUGUGCCCAUCUCAGUUGUUCUAUGAGUGUGCUUGGCAGGAAAAUUUCAUUUCUUAAACUACAACUUUUUAAAGUAGCCAGGAUAGUUCCACAGCUGGAUUGUGCUGUUGGACACAGGGCAGGGUGUGUGUUUUAACCUAUUUAGAUCAACAUUUUGAGUUUUUCAGCAUCACUGUACGUCUUGCAUUAAUCUGAGAGGUUUAAAUUUGUGAUCUCCUCUUUCAUUCCAGUGUUGAAUGCACUAAUUUCUCUGGGGCUUUUAGAAUGUUGAUGAUGGAAAAACUGGUGAGCAGCAAAUUAAUUGCAAUUCUUUUUACGAUUUGCCAACUAAAUUAGACUUUUCUUAUACAAAAAUUAAAAUGGCAUGAGGAUUAAUGCCUUAUAAAUGCAGUCUAGUUUGAAGAAUCAGGCCUCAAAAUAAGGCUUAUGAUCUUCUUAAUGGAUUUGCUAUUUGGCUUCAGUUCCGAGUAUCAUGUGAGUAAUGCAGAAUACACACAUUAGGAAGCACUAGUGAAAUAGAGUGUUUGAAAUCCGUUCUUAUAGUAACAUUGCUAUUGUAAAGUGGGUAGUCUCUUUAGUGAAGCAGAAAAUAGCAAUAGAAUAUGCUAAUUAAAUUACAAACUGCUAAGAGAAGAGCACAGUGAUGCUCAAAAGCACUACUGAAGGUAUCAGAAGUCUCCAGUAGGAUUUUUCUUUUCGGCUAGGUUGUUCUGUGAUCUCUAAUCCAUUCCUAACCAAGUCAGUCUGUUCCUCUGUUACCUUUUGGAUCAUCAUUUUCCCAUAUGUACUCUACAUCAGCUUUCAAUAUAUGGAGGCUGGGAGAAAUAGCUAGUAGAGACGUGUUUUAUCAUUAAAGCAUCAUUCUCAUACUCGCUGCAGAAAAGGUUUGUGUUGAAUUCAAUGGAAAUUUGAUCAUGUCAUGCAAGAUACUCUAGAAAAUCCUGAUUUAACAGAUCACGAGUAAUACAUGAUUAAAGCUGAGAACCAAAAUGUUUAAUAAGUAUGUAAAAUUACCAUAUUUUCUGUGGGUACCCAAGAGCAGUAGUGUGUCUCUUCAGUCAUUCAGCACUGUAAGGCUUAGAGGACAGUGAGUUUCUCAAGUGGAAAUAAAACUGUACCCCCAUUCCGGAUGGGCUUUACUUUCUCUGCAGUUAAAAAUUUAAUUUGAUUUCAGCCCUGCUAGUUGUUCACAUAAUAUGCAGGAGAGUUCAUCAUAUGCUCUAUUUACACUUCUAUUUCUAAUCUCUGACCAUUCCUGAAACUUGCUGCUUCUUUUAUUUCACCAGCCUCUUCAUGUGAUUGAACAUUCUUCAGAUUGCUCUGUCGAGGGUUUGUUCCCUCCACAAGACUCGAUAAAAGUCUUGAGAGGCCCAGGAAGUGCUUUCCUUCAAUAAUUUUAAAUCUCUUUACUAGUGAAGGAAGUUACUGAAUGAAUUAUUUGCUAGACAUCUUUGGGAAUAAUCGACUUCUUAGUAGUGCCUUGAAAUUUAAUAUCUACAAGUUCUCUGAUCUAUAUUACAAGUUUUACUGUGAGCAAGGACUAAGAAAGAUUUGUCAGUUCACUCAUAUUUUCUGGUGUCUACUGGUUUUGAUUAAUGAAGUUGUUGCCGUGUUCUGGCUGAAGUAGAACAGCAUUCUAGUAAUAUCGACAUUCUAAAUGUUUUUCCAAAAAUGAUGAUCAAUAACACUUGCACAAAGUCAGUUUAUAUUUGGAAAGCAAUCAUCCAGUAGGCUGCUUUCCUGAGAAUCCUCUUGCUAUGGCUGCCUUUACAUCAUGCAUAGCUGUAUUUUCCAAUUUCAGUUUGAAGCAAGUAUUUGUCCCUGUGUUGACACAACCAAUUUUUUUUCUCUCUCUUGGCGUAUCCAAAGUUCUGGAGUAAUGUCAGAUGUUUCAUUUCAAUUGUUCUGAGUACUAAGCCAGUUUUUACUCAGUAAAGUUUUACUAAGUGAAAAUAUAGACGUAUCCUAUUAAUUCUAGUUCUAGAGAGAUGGAUGGUAGCUUUCAUUUAGCAUGGAAGUCUAUCUCUGGAAUUGGUUGAUUUUCCAAAAUAGAAGUUAGCUCUUUGAACUUGAUUACAUCAGUGAUCUGAGGACAACUCAAGUACCAAGAUUAUCUGAAUUCAUUGCAAAAGGGUAUGCAACAAUCAUUGCAAAAAUGAUUUGGAGAUGCAAGUCAAUUGUAUUUAUCUAAUGUUUAAAGAACAGCUGAUCACUCUUCCUUCUGUUUCCCAUUUGAGAUCUCAACUACUUAGACUCUUACUGCUUUUUUGCCCUAAAUGCUGUGGAAACUGUGGUCCUCCUCUGGAGUGAAAGACGUUGAGGCCUUUAAAAGCGAACAAACAAAACCCUACCAAAAAGCCCUGCUUGCUAUUUAUACAAAAUGAAAGAUUUAAAAUGCUUGAAUUCAAAUACUGAAAAACACUCUCAUUCCUACGUUUAAUUUUCAGCUGGCCUUUGCUUGUAGUUGAAAGCAGAUUAAAUUUUUGAAGACUUUUUAUAAAUCACUGUAAGACAACCAUGCCAAAAAAACAUGAAACCUGGCUCAUCUAGAUGCCAUGUCUGGUUAUGUAUGAUGUGCAUGAGACUGAAAUGAUCGGUGACAAUGUUGGCCUCUUAGGGAGAACUACCUUGCGUAGAGCAAAGCUUGACUGUAGAAUCUUGGCAUGAAACUGAGUAUGGCACUAGAUAGGAUUGGCACUAUAAUCAAUAUGCAGUACUUCAC